UUUUUAUUUUUAGAAUCUCGUUAUUCUUAUCUAAGCUCAUAAUGAAAUAGAGCUAAUUUUUGACAUCAAUUAAUAUCUUUGUUUUGGGAAUUCCAUAGCUAAGUUUUCAAUAACUUAAGACUAUCUAAACUUUGAUUAAAAAUAGACAUCACUAGACUCCUUGUUACGUCUUGUUUUGCUCCUAAUAUUGAAUAAUUUUCUUAAACAUAAUCAAAUCUAAACUAAAUUCAUUGACAAAGCCAUUCAUACCUCAAUCUGACUUAAACGGCACUCUUCCCAAAUUAGGAGUAAUCUCAAAGUUAAUAUUAUGCUUAAAUGGACAUUAAACUUCCUCUACAAAAAUGGCAUCAAGUCAUAAUAAAUUUUAAAGUGUAUCAUUUGAUGAUAACGAUAAGAGAACAAAUUCGUACUUUUUAAGCACUCUUGCAGUUGAUCAUGAUAAGAAUUUUUUAUUUUUUUUCCAUUCACGCGACUAGAUUUUCAGUCAUAAACAGCAUUUUGAUCAGUUCAGUUGUAAAACAAAAGCGAGGGAAAAAUGGCAGCAAAUCAGACUAAAUUGCCGAGUGAAAUUUAUGAAAAAGCUUUAGCAGAAGUUGUUGAAAAACAGUUAAAUAAUUCAAUUGACAACUAUGACAUAACAAUCAGUGCUGGCUCAUCAAAAGGAGACAAUUACCUUGGUGUCAUUUAUAGAGCUCAAGUUAAGGACAAGGUCACGAAUGAAAAUAAAUUGAAUUUAAUUGUCAAAUUGCCUCCACAAAAUGAAGUAAGUCGUAAAGAAAUGUUUGCUGGUGAAUUUUUCAAACGUGAAGCUGGAUUUUAUGACAAUGUCUAUCCGAUCUACGAACAAUUCCAGAAAGAUAAAGGAAUUGAUGUUGAAAAUGAAGGAUUUCAUCAGGUCGCAAAUUGCUACAAAACCUUAACAGAAGAACCAAAUGAAGGUUUAAUUUUUGAUGACCUUAAAGCUCGCGGUUUUGACAUGUUUGACAGAUUCAAGGAAGUCACAAAAGAGCACGUCUUUCUCGUAAUGAGAACUCUUGGAAAAUUUCAUGCAGUUUUUUAUGCUAUCAAAGACCAAAAACCUGAAGUUUUAAAUUAUUAUUACACAUUGAAAGAUUCUUUUAAGAUUAUGUCAGAAACUGAGAACUCAACACUUCCUGCUUAUUACAGUAGCUUGAAAAAACAGACAAUCAAAGUUGUUGAGAAAUGUGAAGAUUUGGAAGUGAAAGAAAAAGUAAUGAAGUAUUUGGAAAAUGACUACAGUGAAUUGAUUGAGCAUUGCUUAAGCCGUGAAAAGUCGGAACCAUACACAGCAAUAUGUCAUGGAGAUUGUUGGAACAACAACAUGCUGUUUAUGAACAAUGAGGAUGGAUCUCCAAAAGAUCUCAGGUUUCUUGAUUUUCAAAUUAUAAGGUAUGCAACUCCUGUAACUGAUUUGGUAUACUACAUUUUUGGAUGUACAACAAAAUCAUUAAGAGAUAAGCAUUAUCAUGAAUUCUUCGACGUUUAUCAUGCUGAGCUAUCAAGUUACAUGCGAAGACUUGGCUCAGACCCUGAAGUAAUGUACCCACGUAAAGCUUUAGACGAUCAACUCAAAACGUUUGGACAGUUUGGUCUUCUCAUGGCAAUGAUGGUUCUUCCAAUUUUCACAAGCAUACCUGAAGACAUCCCAAAUCUUGAUGAAAUUGCCGAAAGUUUCUCGAAUUUGGGCACUGAAAAUGAGACAGGAGCUUCUGCUUUCAAUUUUACAUCGGAGAAAACUUAUGACAAUUUUUCGAAGAGAUUGUUGGACGUUUGUCAUGAUAUGUGUUCAUUAGGAUAUAUUUAGACUUAAUUUUAAUACUCUUUGGAUAUACACCAAAAAAUUUUAAAUGUCAUUUUAAAUAAAAAUUAUCUAAAAUGAAAGCUAUCAUCUUCAUCUGUUAAUCAAAACUCGAUAUUUCAUUUUUGUUUUGGACUCUAAUACGAAAAUAUUUGAUGAGUUCAAAGAUUAUUGAAUAUCAGCAAGGGAAACUUACAGUGAAACUUUUAUGCUUUAUAAAUGCUUUUAUAAAUUAUAGACGACAGCAACCCCAUGCCAAGCUUCUGCAUCAAUAGGUCCAUGGAAAAUAAUAAAAACACCAAACAAUAGCAUUUGGGUCAAUAAUUAAAGAAUAAUGUCAUUUCCAAAAAUGCUUAUCGCAAACCCAAAAAAGGAAUAUAUAUAAGAUAAGGCAUUACAGAAAAAUGACACGCGUGUCAAUCAAAUCAUAUCAAAGCAUUCAAGUUUAUUCAUCGCUCUUAUAAAUACCCAAAAUUAUAUAAAUCUUCACAAACUCCUAGUAACCUUUCAGCAUAGAUUGGAUAUGUUUUUGUUGUAACAUAGCAGACUCCUUUUGAUACAGCUUCAUUAUUAUCUUCUUCAUUUGUCGAUUCCACUUCGUUGAGAUUUGACACAAAUUCAUCCAUAUCAGGAACUUCAUCUACGUCACUAGUGAACACAGGAAGCACUAGAACUCCCAUUAUGAGGCCAAACUUGCCAAAUUUCUUCAAAUGAUCGUCAAAAGCAUGUCGUGGGAAAAGUUUUUCUGGAUCAGAACCAAGUCUGUCGAUAGAAUAUUUAAAAAUUUGCCCCAGAUCACAAAAAUCGACCAACAAUUACCUGACAAUAAAACGUGACAAAGAAUCGUAAUAAAAAUUUAUAAAUUCCUGGUAAUGCUUAUCUCUCAAUGACUUAACCGUGCAGCUAAAAAUAUAAUACAUUAUAUCUAAAAUUGGUGAGCUGUAGCGCAUUAUUUGCCAGUCUAAAAAUUUAACGGAAAUAGGGUUUCCGCUCUGAGAAGAGAAACAGUAAAUUAAACUCUCUUAGAUUAAAGUUUAAUUCUCAUACCUGAUCGUUUCUGAACAUCAUAUUGUUGUUCCAGCACUACAAAAUGAAUAAAAAUUAAAUUUUUAUAGAUGUUUAGAAUAUGAAAAUAUCAAAUUACAUCUCCAUGACAUAGUGUUGCGUAAGGUUCAGUCAUGUCAAGAUUUAAGCAACUUUUAAAUAAUGACAAAAUAUCUUCUGAUAAUAAUGCUCGUACUUUUUUGAUCAGUUCUGAAUUUCCACAUUUUUCGACAACUUCCAGUGCUUGAUCUCUUGAGUCUUCGUACCAAGAUGACAUUAGAGAUCCUUUUCGCUCACAUCUCAUGAUAAAAUAGUCAUUUCUCUUUUUGUAAACAUCAAUCAAGUCCGGCUCUUGUUCUUUCAUACAAUAAAAUAUUGCGUGCAUUUUUGCAAGCACUUCCAUGACUAGCAUAACAUGUUCUUUUGUCAAUUCCUUGUUUCUAUCAUAAACUUCAAAUCCUUUUACUUUUAAAUCCUCAAUGUAAAGUCCUUCGAAUGGUUCGACAGUCAAAGUUUUGUAGCAAAGUGGAACUUCAUGAAAUCCGUCAUGUUUGGAACUUAUUCCUUUUUGUUCCUGAAAUUUUUUGUAGAUUGGAAAGAGAUUUUCAU